AAUCGGCCACAUUCCUCAAUGCUGGAGUUGGUUAUCAAAACAAAAACCGUAAGAAAAAUUGCAACAAACACAAACACUAAUAAAGACAAAAAUAUUAGAAGCAUACGGUUGCAGUAUUGAAUGACAUGUGGUUUGAUCCUUCCGGAUACUAUGUGGUUGCCUUGAGCACGCUGCUGCUGUGCAUUUUAAUAGCCCUUUAUUUUGCCAACUUUUUGAAGGACGAUUCUGAACUAGAGGAUGAAGGCCUUGGCGAUGACGAGGUGCGUUUGGAGGACGAUCCCGUAAUGAAAGCACAGAUGCAAGCGCGCCUGCAAAGGGAAAUCGAUGAUGAUGAGGCCUACGAGGAAGAGCAGGAACCGUUAAGCGAGAGCGAUGCAGAGCAAGGACCAGGAAAGGCUCCCAAUUACAGUAAUCUGGUGGGAAAAUUCAAGGCCAAGCGAUACCAACACAAGCUGGAAAAGAACUUAUCACCCAGCCAGAUUGAGGAGGAGCGACGGAUUGAGCGUGAACAGUUGGCGGCUAUUUUUGAAUUGCUGCGCAAACAGGAGGAUGAAUUGAAUCUCAAGGAUCGCAUAAGCGAUUGCGAGCUUAAGCAGCAAGUGAAGUUGUAUCGUUAGACACUUUUUCAACUAAAGCGUGUGAUUAUCACUUUUGUGUAUGGA